GCCAGGCAAGCAAGGAAGGAGGCGCGCGCUUGGUGUUGCUGCUGCUGGUCUCUCGCUGUGGGUCCGCUAAGUGCCAUGGUGGUGCAGCGUCCGUGGAGGCGGCGGCUGCCGGGGCUGUAAGUGCAGGGGAGCCUCCAGCAGCAGCAGAAGCCGGGGGCAUGGGGCGGUGGCCGGGCCUGGGCUGCUGCAUCCUCCUCCCCACCUGGCUCCUGCUUUUGCUGCAGCUGCUGCUCCAGCCACCUGCAGUCCUUGCAGCCCAGGACCGUCCCUUGCAAGUGCUGCACGGCUGCCUGUUUGAUAGAAGACUGUGUUCCCAAGAGGAAGUCUGUGUGCAAGAUGGCUUGUUUGGUCAGUGCCAGGAAAGUUCGCAGCAAGAUCGGCCUUACUUCCAGGUCACCGUACCUGUGCUCCAGCGUCUGCAGGAUGUGCUCCAGCACCUCAUGGCAGAAGGAUUGUCAUGGCAGGAUGACCUUACCCAGUACGUGAUCUCCCGGGAAAUGGAACGCAUCCCUAAGCUUCACCUCCCACAUUCAUGGGAUUCAGUGGCUGAGAACAGGCUUCCAUCUAUGCAUCCAGCUCCCAGGAGAUCACCAUUGUCAUCUGAACCUGCUUCUCUCCAGGCAGCUCGCCAGCCCCCUCUCCCUCCUGCCCUCUUGCAACGAUACUUGGAACUAUUGUUGGCCUCACAGCCUGAUCUGGGUUACAAGGAGACAUUCCUCUCUUCCUACCCUCAUCACCAGUUCAGCUACACUGAUGGGACCUUCCAGGACAGCCCCAGCAUUCACAACCCAGAGCCUGCUAUUCUCCUGGACCGAGCUGCUGCUUCUAAGGCCCUGUUUGGUGCCAGCACUGCACCUUCCUAUAGAGGACAGCAGGGACUGGAUGGAGGCCAGCUGUUCCAAGACCUGGGAGCGCUGUACCUGACCCAAGAGCAGGCUGGUAAAUCCAGACCUAGGGGGCAGCACAGGCAAGGUUCCACGAACAAUGGGCUCCUUCAGGACUACGGUGAAAUCUCUGAACUUGGAGGAGAGUCCCAGACACACCUGGAAGAUCCAGACAGAGCUGUACAGAGACUGAUGGCAGUGUUUUCCAGAUAUGGGAUCAGACCACAGGACAUAAUCGGACUACUACAAUAUCCAGCUGGUGGGCUUGGACCAGAGACCCUGGAAUCUAAGCGGGCAACAGAAGCUGAAAUGCAACAUGGAGGAAAGUUGGAGCCACUGCCCUCUCAAGGGAGCCACGUUAGUGCCAUCCCCACAGAGGGACAAAUACAGGCACAGGGGGAGACGGUUGGCCCAACUGAGGCCAGAAUAGCAGUGACAACAGCUUCCCCAGAAAACCUGGAGCUUCUUUAUCCUGGCAAGGAGGACACAAGUGGCCUCGAGGGGCAGGUGUUCGUGAAGAAGAGCCACACAACGUAUGGGGGACCCAACAAGGAGGAGGAGCAGCCAGAGACGGCACUGGCUGCUGAGGAAUACGGCUACAUUGUCACCGACCAGAAGCCAUUGGGUCUUGCUGCUGGCAUCAGGCUCCUGGAGAUCCUGGCAGAGCAUGUGCACUUGUCUACUGCUAGCUUCAUCAACAUCAGUGUUGUGGGCCCAGCCCUCACAUUCCGCAUCCGUCAAAACCACCAAAACCUGUCUCUGGGUGAUGUGGCCAACAGGGCUGUACUGGUGAAGCCACAACUGGAGACAGAGGUGGGAGUGAAGAUCCUACAGAUGGGCGUUGGACAGCGCAAUGAAGCUGCAACCUAUCCACAUCCCACACACUUUGGGGACACAUUUCGCUCUGUACUGCUCACCUUCGUGUUACUGGCCUGUGUAGCUGGUGUUGUUAUUGCUGCUGCAGUGAUCUUCUGCUUGCGCCAACAUGCCAAACAGCGGGAGAAGGAGCGCCUGGCAGGGCUGGGCCCCGAGGGAGCUGCUGACAGCACCUUUGAGUAUCAGGAGCUUUGUCGGCAACACAUGGCUGCCAAAUCGCUGUUUGGCCGUGCAGAAGCACCUCCACCCCCUGCCCCAGCCGACAAUUCCCGCGUCAGCAGUGUCUCCUCCCAAUUCAGCGACGCACCCCAGGCCAGCCCCAGUUCCCACAGCAGCACACCAUCCUGGUGCGAGGAGCCCGUACAGUCCAACAUGGACAUCUCCACUGGUCACAUGAUUCUGGCAUACAUGGAAGAUCACCUACGCAAUCGGGAUCGGCUAGCCAAGGAGUGGCAAGCACUAUGUGCAUACCAGGCUGAGCCUAAUGCCUGUGAUGCUGCCCAUUGCGAAGCCAAUGUCAAGAAAAACCGCAACCCAGAUUAUGUGCCCUAUGACCAUGCCCGCAUAAAGCUGAAAGCAGAGAGCAACCCAUCUCGGAGUGACUUCAUCAAUGCCAGUCCUAUUAUUGACCAUGAUCCACGGAUGCCAGCUUACCUUGCUACUCAGGGGCCCUUAUCCCACACCAUUGCUGAUUUCUGGCAGAUGGUGUGGGAAAAUGGCUGCACUGUCAUUGUGAUGCUGAGUCCAUUGGUGGAGGACGGUGUCAAGCAGUGUGACCGUUAUUGGCCAGAUGAGGGGUCCUCACUGUACCACAUCUAUGAGGUGAACCUGGUCUCAGAACACAUCUGGUGUGAGGAUUUCCUGGUGCGCAGCUUCUACCUGAAGAAUGUGCAGUCUCAGGAGACCCGGACUUUGACGCAGUUUCACUUCCUGAGCUGGCCAGCAGAAGGCAUCCCCACCACCACACGGCCUCUUCUAGACUUCCGCAGGAAGGUGAACAAGUGCUACCGAGGCCGCUCGUGUCCAAUCAUAGUGCACUGCAGUGAUGGUGCAGGAAGGACUGGGACAUACAUCCUCAUUGACAUGGUUCUGAACCGAAUGGCCAAAGGUGAGAGAGUGGGGGCUGUCCCAUGGACACAGUCUGCCAGGCUCAGGAGGGCCAUGUCCUCAGGCGUGAAGGAAAUUGAUAUUGCAGCCACUCUGGAGCACGUGCGUGAUCAGCGGCCUGGCAUGGUACAGACAAAGGACCAGUUUGAGUUUGCACUGACAGCUGUUGCGGAGGAGGUGAAUGCCAUCCUGAAGGCGCUGCCACAGUGAUGCACUACUCAGCGUACCCUAGCUUGGUGACUCCCUAAUUUGACCCUUUGCCUCUGCUGUGCCAUGUCCUUGCUCACAGAGUAUUCUCCCUUCAUUAAAGUCUUAUCUCCAUGUUGUUGGCCAUGGCUACAUUUAAGCUACUUGUGGAGAGACUGGCUUCUUGCCUUCUCGCCCAGCUUGGUCCUGUCAAUCGGAUGUCCUAUCCCCAUCCCUACCCAUCCCUGGCCUUGGUUGAUGCAAAGUGAGGUCCUGCUUUGCACUCCUACAAACUAGUCAGCUCUCUAGUAAAUUUAGGCUGGAUCCUCCUAGAAUAAUGCAGAGGCUGAAAUUCCAGACACAGCUAGUCACCUUUUAAAACUCAUUGGUCUCAAGUAGGGACAGGGGAUGUAUGUUCCUCUGGAUGUUAAGUGACUCACAUCAUCCCAUACUAUGCUGCUUAGGGUUAAUGGGAGAUGCAGUCCAAUGGCAAGAAGGCUUCUUUUUCACCACCCUUAUAUUGAAGCAUACUUUGUGUCCAUGAACUUUCUGUAUUUGCCAGUUUCCACAGGGUGAGGAGUGUGAAUUUGCAGAUACAUGGCCCUGUGUCCUCUCCUUGCUGUAUGGGACACUGGUUAGUCUCAAAUGGCAAUUUAAAUUUCUGGGUACCAAGCUGGGAGCCCAUAUUACUCAUGAACCACACAAUUUUCCUCCUCCUUCUGCUCUGCUCUGCCCUUCCCUAAACCUUACUACCUGUACCUACUUUCUAGGCAACCCAAAAAGCUCCCUGGAGCUGAGCCACAGCAGGGGAGGGAUCGUACUGCUUCUCCUCACCAGCACAGCCCCCUCUCUGUUUCCUUCCUUAGUUUAUCUGCAGGCCAGAAGCCAGGCCUCACCACAGCCAUUCUUUGACUUCCCGAAAGGGUGGCAGGGUGCCCCACAACUGUCCCCCACCCUGGUGUUUGUCUCCCUUUUCUCCCCCUCCCUGUGUUAACUACAGUGAGAAAACAUUUCUAGAGAAUCUAAUUUUGUAUUUGAUGUGAAUAAAGUUUGUGUCGCGUUUGUGCAGCUGCA